AACCAAAAUUCGGUACUUAGGGAGUGGGAAGGCUCUCCGUAGACAGGCUCUGGGUUUGAGCUUUAACUUGCCUCUAAGGUUAUGAAUAUACACCGUCUGAUUGGACAAUUCUUCUCACAUAUGAUUUCUGCGUCCAAUUAGCGUCCAGUCUGUUGAGUCGUUUCCUUUCUGAGAUCUCGCGAGAAUUUACGCGACCUUCAUAGUCAGUUCCAUGAUGGCUGAAGAUCCUGGAGGAGCUUUCUUUAAUUUCACCCUCAUUUUUUUCGUUUUUUCGUUACCUCUGCUGGAAAGAUGGCAGGGCACACAGCCUCGAUAAACGUCCAUAGACCCCCGCUUUCGUCAUGCCCAAGAAAGGGAACCGAAAACGGCUGAAAUUUAGAGCCGAGGAUGUUUGCUCGGAGUCAGUAACUGUGGCUGACUAUGCCAACGCCGAUCCCGCUAUCGUAAAGUCGGGAAGAGUUAAAAAGGCUGUUGUUAAUGCAAUUGAAAAAGAAGCAAAAUUACUCUGUGGGCUUGAGGCAUCCCAGGGUCCUGUGCAGGAAGUGCUCUCCUCUGCAGCUGGUGUGAGUAAUGCAGCCCGUGAGAGCAGUGAUGAACUGGACUCGGAGGAAGGGGAUGAAAUCAAAGGGUCCCUCAAAAAGAAAAACAAAAGACGCAAAGAAAACAGUGAGAGCAUAGAUGGAGAGGAGUAUCCCAUUGAUAUUUGGCUUCUGCUUGCUGCAUACAUUCGGCCAGAAGACGUCUGCAGAUUCUCUUUGAUCUGCAAGAACGCUUGGACUGCCACGUGCACAGCUGUAUUUUGGACACGGCUCUACAAAAGGCACUAUAAUCUUGAUGCAGACCUCCCCGAUCGCCUUCAACCUGAUUCUAUUGCAAAGAUGCGUUGUCUUCGUGCGCGUGUUAUUCGCUCGCUUUUUCACUUAUAUGAGCCCUUUAGCUUGUGGGUGUCGAAAAAUCCUCUUCUGCCUGAAUCUACACCUACCACACUGCUCAAUUCCAAGUGUUUGCUGUUUUGGGUCAACAAAGUGUCUGGAAGUAGGUCAGAGCCGAUGUGGGAGUUCAACUUCAAGUUUGUGAAACUGCCAACCAAGGGCAAAAACGGAUGUGGUAUGAGUCUUCAGCUGCCCAAGCAGUAUAAAGAUGUUCACACUAAUCCAGACUCGGACUGUUAUCUGCUGCGGGUCACUACCCUUAAUUUCAUUUUCACUUCUGUUGUGAUGGGCAUGACGUUAACUUCGUUCACCAUUAAUGUGAGCACGGACAUGAGGCACCACAGAGUACGCCUGGAUUUCCAGGAUUCACCAGUCAUUCGAGGGAAGAAGUUUAGGGGUGAACAAGGGGUGCAGGUAGUGCUGGACCCUGUCCACAGCGUGCGCCUCAUGGACUGGUGGCACCCACAGUACCCCACAUCCUCAUAUAAUUAGACUGAACUCCAAUCGUCUCACAAAAACAUUGCAGAAGACAGUUGAGGCCUAUUUCAACCAACCCUAAAGCCCUGGCUUUGCAGGUUUUUUAUUUUCUGCUGAAUUUUACCCGUUUCACUUAGUAUGCUGCUUUUUAUAGUGUGCUGAUCUGUUGUCCAAACUGAAAAUGUAUAUGGCAAAUGGGUACUUGCCAUAUUUAAUUUGAUAAAAAAUUAAAACAAAGUGGCUGCACGAUAGAAGUACACAAGUUAGAAGGCAAUUCAAUGUCAUGAUGCCAUUGUCCACCUAUUUUUUUCCCCCUCUCUUCCUUAAUAGUCAAAUUCCUAAUUCACAAAAAAUGCGCCCUCUGAACAGACUCUGCUUGCCACCCUCAGAUUUUUUAGCAAAAGUAUUUUCAAAUUAAGUAUGGCAUGUACCCCAGAACAUGGUUUACUUUAUUUCCCCUUGAGUAUGGUUUAGAAAAAUCAGCAUUGAGUUAUAACACUUACAUAGUAGGGUUUGCGUGACUCUAAUCUUGAAUAAUGUUAAUAGUCAGUUGUUGACUUGGAUGACCAUUUAAUCGAUCAAAAAGUAAUAAAACAAACAAAUUCUGUAUCUGUUAAGGCUCUAGAGAGGUGUAGUGUGUAACCCAUUUUGAAUACCUUUUAGCUUUGUGUUAGGUUUAGGGACAAAAGCUAAGAUUUGAUGUAUUCUGUGCUUUCUGUGGAGGCCAUUCUGAGUUCUGCUUUGCUACUGUGCGUGUUUGCCUAGUUAAAUCACAUCUAAUUGAUGGCAAGAGGGUGUUUCUAGGUGUUGUAGAUAUUAAAGUGUCUUUGGUUAAGACAAUGUUAUUGUUUGCGAUCAAGAGACGUUAUUAAAUCUAUAGAUACAAUCCAAAGUCAAUGUUUAGUUCCUUAUUGCAAUCAAAUCCAGAAGUUGUGCUUUUGAGAAGUUAAUUCUAUGUUUCCUUUUAUUUUGAAGUUUGUCUUUUGUUUUAGAAUGGAAAACGAAGGCACUGAUGUUUCACUUUAUUAAUAUAGGCCAUAAUCAGUGUGUGGUGUUUUUAUUUUUUAUUACUGGUUCUUUCCUGUAUGGGAAAGAAUAGGAUCAAUACUGACACCCUGUGGGCCAAUCUUAAACAGCUGAAUCCAACCACUAAAAAUCUGCAAAUGCAAUUGAUUUUUAUUAUUAUUUUUUAUUUCAGGUUAUGUAGAUUGUCUUUGGUUGUAAUGCCACUGAGCUUAUUUAUUAAAAAUACACCUGUAUGAUUAUAUACUUAUUGGAAUAAAGAACAGCAGUGCAUAAUAGGAAUACUUAACCACAGAGUAUUGUGACUGACCAAUCAGUGUUCAAGAGAUCUGUGCAAUUGUUGAGAUAAAACAGGUGCAGCUCAAUAAAUUAGAAUAUUGUGGAAAAGUUAAUUUAUUUCAUUAAUUCAACUCAAAUUGUUAAACUUGUGUAUUAAAUAAAUUCAAUUCACACAGAC